GGUCCUUUUGACGUAGGCGUCGCAACCGGGUGCCUUCUUUCUUGCAAAGCUGGAGAACCGGGAGCGCGCAUGUAGCUUGGGGGAGUCAUUCCGAGGUCCCGUCAUGUAUUAUAAAUUCGGCGGCUUCACGCAGAGGCUGGUUGGGGCCGGGGCUCCUGCUGCCUACUCCCCCCAGGGAUUCAAGCCAGUAUCUGUGGAGUCUCCAGCUGUGAUAUUUGAUACCCCAAUUAAAGUUGCCCCAGACUCACAAAACAAGGUUGGGGGUUUGGUUAAGAACAAAGUAUCACAACUGCAGAAAUUAUUUCAGAGGCCUGAUGAUAUUCCAGUACAUUUGAAACGAAGUGUUUCCGAUCGACUUCUUUACCGGACCACUAUGGCAUUAACAAUAGGAGGGGCCAUCUACUGUUUGAUAGCUCUCUAUAUGGCCACCAGUCCCAAAAGAGAGAAAUGAAUAAUGUAUUUCCAGAAAGAUCGUCAUCUAAUUUUGCUCUGAAAAGGAAGACUUGCACUUAACCUUCUGCUAUUAUAAUGAAGUCAUAUGAUAAUAUAUUGCAUAUUUUUGGGUUUCAUGAUGAGUUAAAGACAAACAUAGAGUAAUGUAAGGAAUUUAGAGUAAAAUCACUACUAUGGUGGAGAAAAUUAUUAUCACCUAUGUAGUUUUGCAGAUUCCUCUACCCAAUUGUCAGUAAAAUAAAACUCAUGUAGAAUGGUUAGCCUGAAGAACUUCCUAAUAAUAAAGUGUGAUAAGUGGAUAGUUGAUGCGGUGAGAGAGCGAGAUAAGAAUCUGACACUGAAGAUGUUAUCAUCUGCUGAAAUUUUGGAUGUAAUUUUUGUGGAGUCAUAUUGAUAAAGAACUUUUAUUCUAACCUACCAUAACUUGCUGUUCAGAAUAAUUGUACACUUCAUUAAUUCUGCUGUGUUGCAUUUAAGGUUCUGUGUAGCACAUUAAUUCCACAAUUACUAUUACUUUGGAAAUAUUUUUGUUUCAACAUUGGAAUAAGUACAGAAAAAUAAAUAAUUUAUUCCUGCAAA